CGAUCACACUCUACUUCCCCGCAAUCAUAUAACUUACACACACCUGCUGCCCAACAUGAGUCAAUACACCACAAUUUCCGACGGCGUAGUGGUGACCGACAAUGGGAUCCCGCCCCCAGCGAACUGGGUCAAUUCCUACGAGGAUAUGGGAGGGGACAUGCUUUGGGGCCAAGGUGGUCAAAUGGAAGAUGAGGUACGGGGACGUGGCAUUGACGGAGAUGUCAGGCCUCACUAUGGAAUGGCACCCUACACAGGAGAAGCACUCUACCUUUUCGAAGUUGGAAGUGGCCAAUUCUUCUUCUUCAAUGCCAUUGAUGGGUCCAUGCUGCAGAUCAGGGAUCAGAGUGAUCUGAAGAGCAUUGUGGAUAUCCUUGACGAUGACAACAAGGGGUUACCCGCACUUGACAUUGAAGAGAUUUAGCUCCACGAUUGAGGAGUGCAUGUAGAGGAAAUUUCAAUAUCACGAGAAUAAACCAAUCAGUUAA